CGGGCAGCAAGCCGCAGCAGCCUGCAACAGAGUACGGCCGUAAGGUUCUGUGGAUGAAUAUUUCCGCUAUGCAACCAAGCUUUCGUUUCCUUGACGCUUUAUUGGCCCGGAAUGUUCUAAUUGAGACCUUCCUUUCGGCUAGAGUGAACAUUAGAUCCACCAAGAAAUUCCAAUUCCGUCGGCAGCCCUGAAUAGCGCGGGGACAGACGAUAUAUACAUGGCCUCGACUUCCGUCGUUCUCUCCGAUGGUACCUCCCGCGACACUGGACACCGUCAUGGCGUCGACCGACCCAACACUGUCUGGUGCGAAUCGUGCAGCCUUGAAUUGCUUAUAUUGGGGUUUCGCCGUGGCCACGAUUUUACUAGGCAUGACCCUCAUCCAGGGCUUCAUUUACUUCAGAAACUAUGUGGACAAAAGACCACUGCGGGUACUUGUGGCUUCAUUAAUGACCUUGGACAUUCUCUCCUCUUUCUUAACGGCCCACGUGUUGUAUUAUUACAUGAUUGAAAACUACGGCAAUCCCACCUCUUUAUCAGUAUCACCACCAGUGACUUUCACGAUUGAAUUCUUUUUAACGACAACUGUCACAUUCCUGUCACAGUCUUUCUAUGCAACCCAAAUCUAUAAGUUGCACAAGUCCUCUCCGAAUCGAUUUCUGUCCACAUUUGCCGCGAUGGCAUUUUUUACACUAUCUGCUUUUAUCUCAAACACAAUCUCGACAAUUCUCAUAGUCGUUGAGAAUUACUUCACGUCAGCGGCGAAAUUCAGCGUCGACGUGUUGAAGGUUUUCACGAGCCUCGGCAGCUGCUGCGCUUCUGCAAGUGAUAUUAUCGCGUGCUCAUCCUUAUGUUUGUUUCUUGUGUCUCAUCGGGCAGAUCUCGGACGAGGCCAUACGACUUUGGUCGACACGUUAUUGUUCUACACAAUCAAUCGUGGCUUACUUUUCACGGUUGCACAAAUCGGUCGCAUGGCUGCGUAUCUCAGCGCGCCAAUGAUGCUGUAUUGGCUCCCAUUCCAUCUCUGUCUCAGCAAAUUACAUGUCAACUCUCUUCUCGCACUUCUGAAUUCACGACAUGCUUUACGUGGGGCUGCGCAGGAAGUUAGCAAGAUUGAUUUCCGUGUGGAUCCAUUGCCAGCUGGCACUUUGCGAGCGCCGCAGCCAAACCCACCGGCAGUCGUGAGACCUACGUGUAUUGAACUCCGACAGCUCAGGGACAGCUCGCACACAGCAAACUGUGACUCCAAAUUUGAAUCGUCGCCUGCACUCGAAGCACAGGACCACCAUCUGGGCCUUCAUACGAAACCUGCGUUGUACGAUCAUAACGAAGAGCGAUAGCAGUUAUCGUGCUUAUAGGUUAGGAUCGCAAUGCUGCCUUUUAUGUCAUUGUCUACCAUCACACGUUGGAUAUUUCGAACUGCCAUCAAAGCGUACAUAUUAUUUCGAGGACCUACGCAUGACAAUUAGUGUACAUAUGGAACAAGCAUGCCGAACAGAAAGGUUGAAUUUAUGUUGUGGAACUGUAUUAUUUACUACUGUAUUAUUCUUCCAUAGACGGUA